AUUGUUUUACAAAAGAAUAACUUUUUGUCGCUAUGCAAAGAGCUUUACUUUUUUGCAUUGGUGUGUGGGUCUCACAUAAUAACAACACUUACACAGAGAUGAGGAACAGAGAUGGGUAAAGUUAAACAAUAAUGAAUUUGAAAAACAUUUUCCAGGAUUUCAACCCCAGUAAAUUCUUGGUCUUCACCUGCCUGCUGCUGUUCUCCCUGCUGUUUGCCCUGAGGUUGGACAACACUAUAGAAUGGAGCUACUGGGUCAUAUUUCUUCCAAUAUGGAUCUGGAAAAUAUUUGUCAUAGCCGGAGCUUCCUUAGGAAGCUACAUUUGGUGGAAACAUCCACAGUAUAGAAUGGAACACAACAGCCAUGUUCAGUUCAAGGCGAUGGUGAUCUGUACAGGAAUGCACCUGCUGCUGCUGAUGUUUGAGUUCCUGGCCUGUAACAACCUGGAGGCCGAGACCCACUCCUGGAUCCUGGUCUUCAUCCCCCUCAUGUUCCUGUCCCUCGUCUCCAUUGGCAUCUGUAUCUGGGCCGUCAAAAAUGACCGGUCUUUUGAGAUGGAGUUCUUUUGCUCAGUUAACAUUCUACAGUUUAUAUUUAUUGCCCUGCGCCUUGAUAAAUAUAUAGAUUGGAGUUGGGUGAUUGUGUUUAUUCCAAUGUGGAUUGUGAUGUGUACGGCUAUGAUAGGGGUUCUCUACGUCAUCAUCUUCGCCAUUAUCACCGUAAAAUCUCCUGACAUCAUUCCUCAGCAUCGGCGAGGAAAUAUUUCAAUAGCCAUUGGAAAUUCCUUCAUUGUUGUUCCAUUACUAAUAUUCGAGGUGCUGUUAGCCAAUCGUCUGGAUGGGGAUAAUCAUUUUAAAUACACUGCCAUAACUGUCCCUCUGUUUGUGUCCCUCAUAACAAUGAUUUGUCUGUCAUUUGGGUCAAAGGGAGGCAACCAGUGGUGGUUCGGAAUGCGCAAGGACUUCUGUCAGUUUCUCCUUGGAGUGUGUCCCUUCCUUCAGGAGUAUGGUAAUAUAUCAUACUCCCUCCACAAAAACCGCCAAAACCAAGAGGAGUCUACCACACAAACCACGACAGACACCGCCAAAAAAUACAAGCUUCCCGACGUCUCCAAAGUGGUGGUGCCGGUCAUUUCUAUAGAAACACCAGAUUGAGCGUGAACUACUGCCUGAUUUCUGUACAGUGGCUGCCUGAUAAGUUACAGAUGUUGAAUAUGCAUUCCAUUUUCUGUUCAUCAAGAGCAUGCUUAUUUGCUUCAACAACACAAAUAAAGACUAAUGUGGACUGAGGCUGAUUCACAAAACAACAAACUAUCAUAUGCUGUCUUUUUAUUUUGAAUUGUGAUGCUUCAUGUGAAUGUUAUAUUACAUGUAUUUAUUUUAGGUUUAUCUCCCUCUGUAUCUUCCAUCAUUAGUGGUUCAUUAACCACCAAACAUUGUGUAGUUCAUACCCAGCUCUCAGAAAUUAGUCAUUAAUUGUGGAUGUACAAGGGUUUGAACAUUUAAUUGAUCAACUUUUCUCUCUUUUCAAGACAAUGUCCAUGCAUUAUGAAUGAGACUUUUAACACACUAAUACAUGUUCAUUUAUAUUAUGAAAUAUUUAUGUUUUCUAUGAUAGUGAAAAUAUUUCAUUUCUUAAAGAGUUAUCUUAAUAUAUAUCAUUUAAAUAAUCAUAUUGAUUGUAUAAAACGUUUUGUUGACGAGUGAGAGGUGAUUGAUUUCUGCCAUAUUUGUUUGUUUGUGUCAUGUCCUUUGUCGGACAGUCGACUAGUUUUGUAUUUCUCUUUCUAACAGAUGAGAACUAAUUCAUUUGACCGAGAAUCAAAUGAAUUCAAUUCUAUUGUUCUUGUAUUCUUAUGAAACUUUAAUUUUAUGACAUGAUUUAACUUUGAGAUAUACAAGAAUAGAGAAGUUAAUUUGUAACCAAACAUGCACAUGGAGAAAAAAACAGUUUUUGUAUUUUUACAUUUGUGCAAUUGAAUUAUAGGCAAUAAUGAUUUCUAAUGUGAUAUUUUCUCUGUUUCAUUGUAUUUUUGCGUUCAUAUAAAGGGUAAACCUGUUUGUUACAUGAUUCAAAUGUGUCAAUAUAUCCUGCCUUUUAGCUUACCUGAGCGAAAGCUAGAGUAAUCUGUAUUUCAUUUUUUCAGUGUUGGAGUUGUCUUCCAUUAACUUCUCAAACUUUCAUCAAAUUAAGAAGAUACUAGAAAAUAAUAAAGAUAUAAAAGUAGGUGUUUAAAUAAACUCCUUCAAAUAAGCCAGCAAAAUCAAAAUUUUAACAUAACAAUUCAUGAUACGUAUGAUAAAAUUAAUUUGUUCAAACCAUGAUUGUGGAAUCAGAAAGAGGCAAAGGAGGUCAAAACCUCACAGUAAAACAUGAAGUUGAUAGAGGUUUUAGAAAUCUUCCUCUGAAGCAUAUGCCAUUAUGGAGCUAUAACUUGUGAAGUAAUGUGACAGUAAGCUUACAUGUGUGAAUUUAGAGAGGUGCCUCAACUAGGUGUACAGCUUUAAUUUUACCAUAAAAUUCCUUUAGAGAAUAUGGAAACAAUAUAGUAAAAUAAAGGAAGUAAAUAAUUAGAAUAGAAGCAAAUUGGUAUAAAUUGUAUAUUUUGCCCCCCCCCCCCCCCCACUUUCAUUGUUAAUGUGCAAAGGUCAGUGUUCAAGGUAGUCUACAUGAAGAAAAACUUUGCACUUGCAAUCAUAAAUCUUUGCAUACAUAUAAUAAGUAAAACCCUAUUAAUUUUUCAAAGUUCUCCUUGAAUUUAUUCCAAAGGGGCAAAAAGCAAUGUUUUGGAGGCGUGUUUACCGGUUACAUUCAAAUACAAUGAACAUGCAGGAUAUAAUUUGUGAAUUUGAUAAGAAGUGAAGGUAGAUGGCCAUGGGGUUUUCAAGUUGGGCGAUUAUCCAAAUUUCUACGCACAUUUUUCUGAUGAAAAUAGGAUAUGUUAAGUUAACUGCAAUGAUAAAAUUGAUGCAAACUAGAUAGAUAAAUUUUAAUUUAGGAUCAUAUAGGAACAAGUGGUGUCAGAAAUAUGUCACUUUCGAACAUGGGUCACCUUAUUAGGCCAUUUCGACUCGGUUGCUCAGGUGAACUAUAAGGCCCGUGGUCAUUGGUCUCGUUAUUUUUCGUCUUUCUUGCUGUAUAUACAGAGUUCUCUGUGUUGUAUACUGGUUUUUUGACAGGCAACAUGCUGAAUUGUCAUGUUAAAAUCUUUUGGAUUAAUAUGCCAAUCAGAUUGAAUUAAGUGAAAAAUUAACAAUUCUAAUGAGA